AUGGCUGGGAACAACGUUUUCAGCACCUUCAAAUGGCUGUCUCGCAGCUCAAGGGGUCUCCUUUCUGGCGCUGAGGCCACCACGCAACGUUGCCUUUCACGAUCGAUGGCCACGGAGUCACCGGCAGCCAGCAGUGAGUAUCUUUCGAGAGAAGCCCUCCAGGCGAAGUGGGCUCCGAAGCCAGUCCUAGCGACAACCUACUCCUUCCCAACGAUGGAACCCGUCCAAUUCGUCGAAUACCCCCGAGAUCACCUCCAGAUGCCUCUACGAAAAGACAUCCUACAUCGCGCAGUUGUAUAUGAAGGUGACAUGACCCGACAAGGUUCUGCAAGCACCAAAUGGAGAGGCGAUGUGCACGGAAGCAAUCGGAAGCUUUUCGCGCAGAAGGGAACUGGACGGGCGCGUGCUGGUGACAAGAAAUCGCCAAUCCGACGGGGUGGUGGUGUCGCUUUUGGACCGCACCCGCGUGACUUUUCGUCUUCGCUUCCGCAGAAGAUUUACGACCAGGCCUGGCGAAUUGCACUUAGCUACCGGUACAGGCGAGGGCAGCUCAUCAUCAUCGACAAUGAGAUUGGAGUACCAGAAGACGCUACGCCGCACUUGAUCAAGGAGAUCUUCAAGGUCAACCGCUGGGGAAGGGAGUUUGGCCGGUCAACUUUGAUCACAGAUAAGGUACACGAGCAACUAUUCGAAACGGUGGGCGAAGUCAACGCUCAUGCGAAGAUCCUGGACCGUGAAGAUGUGGACGUGAAGGAUUUGCUGGAGACUGGACGAUUGAUCGUGGAGAAAACGGCUUUGGAUCGCAUUCUGUACCAUCACUCGCGGGAUCUGAGGAGCCAGCCAGCGAAGGCUACGUAUUAA